CAUGACUUACUGGCUGCAGGAACUGCAGCAGAAGCGGUGGGAAUACUGCAACGGCCUGGAUGCCGCCCAGAGGGACAGCCGGACGUCGCCCGCGCCCAGCAACUUCUCCAAGGGGCUCGUUGCCAAAGACAACGCAGAUCUGAAUAUCGUGCCUCCCAAUGCCUCGGCGGAGAAGGCCAGGAACGUCCUCGCGGUGGAGACGGCUCCCACGGAACUGGUGGGGGAGCGAGCGGCGUGCCACCCCAUCCCGGGCCAGCCGAAUGCCAUCAACUUUGCCUUGAAGCAGUGGGGGAACGAGAUCAAGAAUUCGGUGUCUUCAUUAAGAACGGGCAAGGGAAGCAGUGAGAACCGGAGGAGCAUCUUUUACACGGAGGAGUGGGAGAUGCUGGACCCCGGCCCCAAGGACCUGGAGGAGGCGAUGGCGCAAGAGGAAAAGAAGAGGCCUUCGCCGGAACCCAGCAAAGGUGCCCAAACAUUUAUCUUUAGCCAGCGCCCCCCCCAGGAACUCGUGCGCCUCCUGCAGCAGACGGUCCGGUCGUCCCAGUACGACAAGUACUUCCCCGGCCACCUCUGCGACGUGAGCCCCAAAGGCCAGCUGGAGCUGCUGCGCCAGAAAGACCACCAGAUCCUGGGCCUGAACGACCAGCUGGAGCGGCUGAUGCUGGAGAAGGAGAGCCUGCGGCAGGAGGCCCGCAGCCUGAAGGGCACGGUCGGGGAGCUGAGCGAGCGGCUGGGCAUGCUGAUGGAGACCAUCCAGGCCAAGGACGAGGUCAUUGUGAAGCUCUCCCGGGAGCUGACCGAGUGCCAGGAGCAGGCCUCCAGCCCAAGUGGCGCAGCCCAGGCACCCGCGUCCCCCUCGGCCAACAGGGAGCUGCAGGAACUCGACCGGCUGAAGGACAGUCUUCAGGGUUACAAAACCCAGAACAAAUUCUUGAAUAAGGAGAUCCUGGAACUCUCCGCCUUGCGAAGGAACGCCGAAAACCGCGAGCGGGACUUGGUGGCGAAGUGCACCAGCCUGGAAGCCAAACUCUGCCAGGUGGAGAGCAAGUACUUAAUCCUGCUUCAAGAAAUGAAGACGCCGGUUUGCUCGGAGGGGCAGAGGCCCAACCACGACGUGGUCGCUCAGCUCCUGGAAGACGCCUUGCGAGUGGACACGAGCGACCAGCCGGAACAGACUGUGUUUAAGCCUCACCUGGUCAGCGAAUACGAUGUUUACGGGUUUCGGACCGUCCCCGAGGACGACGAGGAAGAGAGGCUGGUCGCCAAGGUGCGGGCCCUGGACCUGAAGUCCCUCUCCCUGACGGAGAACCAGGAGACGUCCCUGGGGGUGAAGUGGGAGAACUACCUGGCCAGCACGGUCAACCGGGAGAUGGUGCGCUGCGUGGAGCUGAAGAACCUCAUCCGGUCGGGGAUCCCCCACGCCCACCGCUCCAAGAUGUGGAAGUGGUGUGUCGGCCUCCACGUCAAGAAGUUCAGGGACAGCGCCGAGCCGGGCUACUUCCAGAACCUGCUCCAGAACGCCCUGAAGAAGCAGAACCCGGCCUCCAAGCAGAUCGAGCUGGACCUCCUGCGGACCCUGCCCAACAACAAGCACUACGCGUCGCCCACCUCUGAGGGGAUCCAGAAGCUACGGAACGUCCUGCUUGCCUAUUCGUGGCGGAAUCCCGACAUCGGAUACUGCCAGGGUCUCAACAGACUGGCAGCAAUUGCCCUUCUCUACUUGGAGCAGGAAGACGCUUUUUGGUGCCUUGUGACAAUCGUGGAAAUCUUCAUGGCUCGGGACUAUUACACGAAAACCCUCCUCGGGUCCCAGGUUGACCAGCGAGUCUUCAAGGACCUGAUGAGUGAGAAGCUGCCGCGGCUGCACGCCCACCUGGAGCAGUACCGGGUGGACUCCUCCCUCAUCACCUUCAACUGGUUCCUGGUGGUGUUCGUGGACAGCGUGGCCACCGACGUCCUCUUCAAGAUCUGGGACUCCUUUCUGUACGAGGGGCCCAAGGUAAUCUUCCGCUUUGCCUUGGCCCUCUUCAAGUUCAAAGAGGAGGAGAUCUUAAAGCUGCAAGACUCGACAUCCAUUUUCAAGUACCUCCGGUACUUCACGCGCACGAUCCUCGACGCCAGGAAACUCAUCAGCAUCGCUUUCGGGGACCUGAACCCCUUCCCGCUGCGCCAGAUCCGGAACCGGAGGGCCUUCCACCUGGAGAAGGUCCGCCUGGAGCUGAUGGAACUCGAAGCCAUCCGGGAGGACUUCUUGCGCGGGCGGGAGACUGACCCCGACAAAAGGGACCUCAUCAGCGACGACGAAGAAGACGGCUGAGGCCCCCCGGGGGGGGCCUCCCUCCCUCUUCAGCCGAGACUGUCCUCGGGAUUGUGACCAAAGCCUCUGGGGGUGUCGCAGCCUCCUGUCCGCCUGUCUCUCUCUCUGUAUCUUAAUGUUUCUUCGUGGUAAGCCACGGCGGCUGGAGAUUUGCAGGACAGGUUUCCGCAGCUCAGCACUUGGAGGCCAAAAUGGGCCUGUCUGUCCCCCACUCCCCCCGCUCAGGGGCCAAACGGUUCUGUCCACAGGCAGGCCACUUGAGGCAGCUUCUCUUUCGGUCUUACCGCCCAUCCUUUGCCAUUGAACUGCCCAUGGAAGGAGCAGUUGUGAAAAGCCUGUGUGUGUGUGUGUUGGGGGUGAGCAUUUGCACGUGCCUUUCCCAUUCCCCCCUCACCCCAAAACUCCUCCGCGUUCUGCCUGCUUCCUGCUCACUUUCUUCCUCCUCCCUUCGGCCACGAUGAGCGGACGUGUUGGAGAAGUCCCUAGUCCGCCUUUGGCAUCAUUGGGUUAAGUAAAAAAGGCAAACAAACCCCAAGGAGGCUCCUUCCCUCGGCCACUUGAAGGGCUGGCCUCUCAGCCCGGUUUGUUCUCAAAUCGGCACAAACACUGGUGGCGAACGGGGGUUGGCACGUGAGCUUUAAAGCCGGGGGGGACGUGGCAGGGUGCCCGGGGCUGGCUGGGUGCUGCGUUUUUUUUCUGUCAAGGGUCACAACGUUCUGAGUGUCCACUGUGUCGCUCCCAGUGGCUCUUUCUCUCGCAGGAGUCGGGGGGGGGGGGGGGUUAACGUGCCCCAGGACAGUUUGCAGACGACGACGGAGGCGCGUAGCAGAGAGGUAAGGCCGCAUUCCUGUCUCCGUGACGUGAAAGGCCAGGGGAAGGGCUAGCGUACUCGGGUUGAGGAAGACGGGGGCUUCUCCUGGGGACAGCUGCUCCCUCCGGGGCAGAGCGAGGCACGCCUGGGCCCUGGCUGCAUGACUCCAGUACCACAAAGCACGGGGGGCGGUUUGUUUCAGGGCACAGCCCUGCUGGCCGGGGUGGGGGCGAGGGGGGCCUCUUCUCCUGUCUGCUCCCUCGGCCUCCUGGGGCUGGCCUUGGGUAGCUCACGGCACGGUGGGCCUGUCGCUUCUUGGCCAAAGGGACCGUAACGUCGCCUGCAGAAGUACUGCAAGUCGGCUCAAUUCCGUGCCACCAGAGGGCACUUGCCAGAAACCCCGCAGCCGAUGGUUCUGUGUCCACUCGCUUUCCAUCAGAGGGAAAACACAUUUUGUGAAAUAACAAAAGGAGAACCAAGAAUGUUUGUUUGCUCGGCCGGCUUAAGAGUCUGAGAUUGAAUUUCUGAAGACGUGGGCAUUUCUUUUCCUUUUCGCACUUGUAAAAGCAUUCCACGGCAAGGUCUCACGCUGAGAGAGGCGAAAAAAACAGAGGGUCUUGGUGCUGUGAUCUUGGCGGAGGCCGGUGUUGCCUCGGGCAAAGCCAGAGAAAAUCCCCUCCACUGGUUUGUUGCUUCGGGGUGGGUGUCCUGGGCUGCCUGGAAUUGGCUCCUCCUCCCCUCCCUUCUGGGGGUGCGGCCUGAGAGCAGGUCUGAAGAAUCCUUCCCUUGCCGUCUCUUCCCACCCCCGCCCACCCCCCAGUUGCUGGAACCUUUGCUUGGUUUCCAGGCACAGGUGUGCAGUGGGAUCAGGGUGUGCUACCAGAGGGCCAUUUCCUCCUGCGCUAGAACAUGCAGAGCCUGUAGGGCAGCUUGUGGCACGGCUGGGAAGGAGGAGAGCGCCUCGUGUGACAUCGGCCGGCGCCUUGUGGGUCAGGGCCUUUCUGCUGAGCGCAGCCAUUCUCUUUCUCGGGCGUGUCGCCGGUUGGAGUUCGGUGAGUUGCGCAGCAGUGCUGGGUAUCGCAGGCAGGUCUGGCUGAGUUCCAGUUGGAAUGUCUGUGUCCCCAUGUGCCGCAUCAGCCUUUUUCUAAUCAAACCAGGAGUGCUGGCGGUUGUGCCGCCCUGUGCCGGCUUUGUGUGGCAUGCGCCAGCUUGGCUCCAGUGCUGGCUGGAUGCAUUGCCGCCCCCUCCCGCGACCGGCGCCAUCAGCAAUUCAGAUGAGGUGGGCAGGGCCUGACCCCCACCAUGGGGUGGACGUGCCUAUCCAGCGCUGAGGCUCCUGGGUGUUCCAGAGCGCUCCCCUUCUCUUGUCCUUGAAUUCUGUGGUGGGAAGUGUGUAUGUGCGUCCGUGUGCCCAUCAUAUCGUAGCCUGCCCCGUCAUUCCCACUCGCAGAAAGCGAUGGGACCCCUCGGGUGAUAGGAUGGUGUCCGUCUCCCGAACCUUGUUUCGAAGAGCUGGUCUCAAAUCCCGGUCUGCGAUCAGGCAGUGGCUUAGUUCCACUCUCCCUCGCUCUCAGGAAUCAACCUCUUGUCUUCCUUGAACUCGCUAGCCUAGAUGGUGUUUGGGCACCUCCGACGACGUGAUUGUGAAGUUCAUUCCAGCCCACAAAUGUGCAUGAGCGUGGAGGGGGACCCCCCUUCCCUUUCCCGGGGCCAACGGUUCUUCCACAUUCCUCUCGCAAUUGCCCUCACCGUGUUGCAGUCUUGAAGCUUCUUGGCCCAGCCGUUCAGCCAUUCCGACUGAGGGCGUCUGUUUUUCUCCGCAAAGGAAAGUGUCUGUCCUACCUGAACUCUCUUGGGACGGGGUCCCAACACAUCCCCCCCCCCAUAUGGGCCCUUGCCUGUCUUUGACAGAGUGACACGAAUCACCUAGAGAAUUGAGAAUCGGGCUUGCGGGGUUCUUUUGCAAGGCACGGAAUUCCAUGGGGUGUUUCCAAUGGAAGCAAGCGGUCGUUGCGAGAGUCCCCCGUACAUAUCCGAAAACCGAGGCACGAAGAGCAGAGAGGCUGAAGAAGAACAGUUGACACAGCCAGUGACUUUAAUCCAUCUUUUCCCUCCUAGAAUUUGAUGUUUUUUUCUAGCUUCUUUCCCCCCCCCAGGUCUCAUUUACCGCAAUGAGCUUUCCCUAUGCCUUCUUUUUUUGUAAAGAAUUUCAGAACGUCUUACAUAUUAUAUAUGCAAAACUAUCUUAUGCAUGGUUUCUGUUUAAGAAUUGUAUAUCCAAACCACUUGAGGUCACUUGUGGAACGGUUCGAAGCUGGGCGGGUUGGUCUGUUUUUUUGUUGUUGUUGUCGUCGUCACACUAAAGCGGAGAUUGUCGGGCACGACACGCUCUGCUCUGGCUGAAGUGGCACAAGUGGACUUUCCGUCUGCGGAUGGUCUCCGAAGGGAGCGUCCCCGAACUGCCCUCCUCAAGCGAAGAAAAAGAGGCGUGCCGGAGCCGACCUUUUCGUGGGGAUGCCCAGCAGGGAGUUCCCCCGACAUUCACUGAGAUCAGAAAGAGGUUCCUCUGUUUCCCUUUUACGCUGCGCUGGUCUCUACAUUGUGAGCAAGAUCAAUUAGCAGUUUGUGAUGGGCGGCGGGGAUGCCCGUCUCGGAUGGAGAAGUUUCCCUCCUUGGUGAACCUCCUCCCGGUCCAAGUCUCGACCUCUUUUUUUCCCUGGGAAGCGCUGUUUCAGAAACAGCCCAGGGGUGCAUAGCACAACACAAGGGUUACGGUUACAAAAAUGCAAACCGUUUCUGCUGGAGAUUCUUUGUAAAA